UCCACCACGGCGUGAGGGCGAUGACAGUCCACCUCAGUCCGGCAAAAGCAGAGGGAGAGAGGAAGGCAGAUUGCUCCGCACGCCCACACAAAGAUAGAAGCAAAGAGAGAGGAGAGGCCAGCAUGCAGCGAUUGCAGUUCGCCGUCAAUGGAGGAAACUCAUCUGAUGUUUCUCACCACACAAGUCGCCACAUCGGCACCGCCGGCACGAAGCCGCUCCACAUCCGGGAUCGUUUUGAGGUUAGGGAUGAAAUGCCCUCAAUCUCCUCCUGUUCUCAUACACCUCCAAGACUGGAUUGGACUGAUGCUUUCUUCCGCUUCAUCAUGAGUUACGGUCCUGAUUCUUGAAAUUCUCAGGUAUCUGCAAGUGGAAAUGGGUGAUCGAUGGAGAUAUAAACUUGUAUUGACCCUUGAGAACUGGGUGAUCGAGGCUCCCCUUCAUUGCUGAGGAGGCAAAGGAGGAGACCAAUGGAAAUGUUAGUUGUUGUUCUUGGAUAUUUGGCUCUUACUGCCAUGGUUCAUGGGCAGGAUCAAUCAGGCUUCAUAAGCAUCGAUUGUGGGAUAAAUCCGGGUUCCAGCUAUUUUGAUGCCGCAACUGAAAUAUAUUACAUGUCAGACUCAGAAUUCAUAGACACUGGAAUAAAUUAUGAUGUUUCCAUGGAACACAGAUCCAGGUUUGGAACUCCAGAUCAGCAGCUUAUGACUGUGAGAAGCUUUCCAGAAGGAACCAAGAAUUGUUACACUCUUCAACCACAACAAGGCAAAGAUAAUAAGUACUUGAUCAGAGCUUCCUUCAUGUAUGGGAACUAUGACUCCAAGAAUCAACUUCCAGAGUUCAAACUAUAUCUGGGUGUUAAUGAAUGGGAUGCUGUGAAAUUCAACCAUUCAUAUGAUAUUGUCAGGAGGGAAAUUAUACAUGUCCCAAGAACAGGUCACAUAGAUGUCUGCCUAGUGAACACUGGUUUUGGGUCACCUUUCAUAUCGGCAUUAGAGUUGAGACAACUGAAUAAUUCCAUUUAUACAACUCAAUCUGGAUCAUUGAUACUCUUUAAGAGGCUUGAUAUUGGUUCAACAAGUCAGACAGUCAGAUACAAAGAUGACGCUUUUGAUCGCGUUUGGGAACCAUUCAGCCGGCCUUAUUGGAAAUCAGUGAGCACAUCCUAUAGUAGUGAUACUUUAAGUGAUAACCACUUCAAACCUCCAUCCAAGGUCAUGGCAACUGCUGUAACCCCUGGUGAUGAAAGAUAUCCCUUGGAAUUCCACUGGAAUCUGGACAAUUCUACUCGACAGUUCUAUGUAUACACGCACUUUGCUGAGGUUGAGGAGCUCCAAUCCAACCAGUUGAGAGAAUUGUAUGUAUCACUUAAUGGUUGGUUCUGGAGUCCUGAACCUAUUGUUCCUGGAAGAUUGGUUCCACAUACUGGAUUUAGUGCACAUUCCAUAAGUGCAUCAUCUGAGCUAUCACUUUCAAUUUUUAAGACACACAGAUCCACUCUUCCACCAAUUCUCAAUGCUUUGGAGAUUUAUGAGAUAAAACAGUUGUUUCAAUCAUCAACUGUCCAGAGCAAUGUUGAUGCUAUCAAGAAAAUCAAGGCAGUGUACAAGGUGAAGAAAAACUGGCAAGGAGAUCCAUGUCUUCCCAUUGAGUUCUCAUGGAAUGGCCUGAGCUGCAGUGACAACAGUCCCAUUUCCCCUAGCAUCGUCUCUUUGAACCUUUCUUGGAGCAAGUUAACUGGGAAGAUAGAUUCUUCAUUCUCCAAUCUCACAUCAUUAAAAUCUUUAGAUUUAUCUUACAAUAGUUUGACUGGAGAAGUGCCAAACUUUCUAUCUAAACUGCCUUCCUUGAAGACCCUGAACUUGUCAGGGAAUAAUCUCACAGGAUCAGUUCCAUUGGCUCUCAUUGAAAAAUCUAGAAAUGGAUCCGUGUCUUUGAGAUUGGAUGGCAAUCCGAAUCUUUGUAAGAAAAACUCUUGUGAGGAAGAGGAGGACAAAGAGAAGUUCAGUAAUAAUGUUAUUGUUCCAUUAGUUGCAUCCAUUUCAGUUCUAGUCCUCUUAUUAGGUGAAGUAGCAGCCUUGUGGAUAUUUAAAAGGAGAAAACAACAUGGUGGUAUGGCAUUGGACUCAAUGAACCCCCGCCUUAGUUACUCUGAGGUCAAUAGAAUCACUGGCAACUUCAAAAAGCUGCUUGACCAAGGAGCAUCAGCAGAAGUUUACCUUGGCCAUUUAAGUGAUGGCACUGAAGUUGCAGUCAAGAUGCUGACACCUUCAUCAGUUCUAGUGUUUAAGCAAUUCAAGACUGAGGCUCAGCGGUUGACAAGAGUUCAUCAUAAAAACUUGGUUUCUCUAAUUGGAUACUGUGACGAAGGUUCAAGGAUGGUGCUCGUUUACGAGCAUAUGGCUAAGGGGAAUUUAAAAGAGUAUUUAUCAGGCAAAAAAGAAAUUGUCUUGAGUUGGGAACAAAGGCUUCAAAUAGCAAUUAACGCGGCACAAGCAUUGGAAUAUUUACAUGAUGGUUGCAAUCCGCCCAUAAUCCAUAGAGAUGUUAAAACUGAAAACAUCUUAUUGAAUGAAAAAUUUCAAGCCAAAGUUGCAGCUUUUGGGUGGUCUAGAAGUAUGCCCUCUGAAGGUGGAAGCUAUGUAUCAACUGCAAUUGUUGGCACACCGGGGUACAUUGACCCCGAGUACGACAAAACCUCAGUACCAAGUAAGAAAACUGAUAUUUAUAGCUUUGGGAUUGUUUUAUUGGAGCUUAUUUCGGGUUGACCUGCAAUCAUAAAGAUC